UAACAGUUCCAGAGCUCGCGGUCUCCUGGGGGCAGUUUUUGCCUCAUUACCGGGCCCAGGAGGCCAAAGCACCAUGGAGAGUGGACUCAGAGUGACCCGGAAAGGACGGAAGCUAGGCUCCAGCCGCCGGCGGCAGAUGCGAGAGCCAGCUGAUGGCCAGGAUGCGCCGGUGGCCCCCGAGCCAGAGUCCUGGUCCUCCCAGUCCGCUGAAGAACUGCAGAGCUUCUUCCAGGACUGUGGAGCUGAGGAGAGGGGCUUUGUCACUCGAGAGGAUCUGGCGGCGGCCAAGUUCAGCUUCCUGAGCAGCGAGGAUGAGCUGGAGAUGAUCUUCGACUGGGUGGACGUGGAGCGGAAGGGACGCCUCUCCCUUGAAGAGUUCAGCUCCGGGCUCAAGAACAUUUUUGGCUUCAGCUCGAGCAGCCACAGGCUCCACAGAAAGAGGCCACUGCUCUCCAAGCGAGGAUCUGUAGCCACCAGCUUCCCCGUGGUGGAGGAGGCCAACAGUGAGGAGAAGGAGGCAUUUUUUGCCUUCAUGGAGCAACUGGGAGCCAGCAACUCACUUCCUGAGCAGGCGGAAAUCUGGCAGCUAUGGAGAACGCUGCGGCAGGAGGAGCCCCAGCUGGCAGGCAACCUGGAGGGCUUUCUGGCCAAGAUGAACAGUCGCCUGCAGGAGGCACAGGCCGACAAGGAGGUUCUGGAGCUGACUCUGAGGAAGAGGGACACUGACCACCACCGCGAGGUCCAGCAGCUCUACGAGGAGAUGGAGCAGCAGAUACAGCGGGAGAAGCAGCAGCUGCAGGCCGAGAGCGACUCCCGGGGCCUGGCCCUCAGCUCCCAGAUGCAGGAGGUGCUGGAGGCCAAGGAGCGUGAGGUGCAGCGGCUGACCGAGGGCCAGAAGGAGCUGGAGGCCCAGCUCCACCGUCUCAGCAGCACACACCAGGAGGCCAGCUCGGAGAACCGGCAGCUUCGGGAGGCUGAGCGGGACCUGGCUGGGCGGCUGGAAGAGGUGCGGGGGCAGCUGCAGGUGACCAGGGGACAGCUGGAUGCCGCCAGGGGCCGCGUGUCCUGGCAGAUGGAGGAGGAACUCAGUGUCCCCAGAGCAGGUGAGGAGAAGGCUCCAGACGCUCAGGCAGUCUCCUGGGAGGAGGCUCCCCUGCCUGGACUCUUUGGGGACAACGAUGACUGGGACCAGCUCCUCAGCGGCAUCGGCAGCACGCCCCUCAGUGCCCUGCAGCUCUGCUGGAGCCCGCCCCCAACCCCGAAAGCCUCCCCAGGCCCCCCGACGCCCCGAGUGGUGAGGCAGAUCUCCAUCUCGGAGCCACACACACAUGCUCCUCUGUUUGCUCAGGAGCCCUCUUCAGAUCCAGGGGGCUCUCCAAGGAGCCCCCCUGGGGCACCUUUAGGGACCAAGGAAGAGGAAGGAGAGAACCCAGAUGGGCCAGACACGAGCCCCCCAGAGCAGACUGGACAGCCCCCCAGCCCAGAACCUAGGGAGGAGUCAGGGCUUGGCCCGGGGGUCCACAUUCCCUGGGGUCUCCCGGGGGUCCCAGCUGGGGAGUCAGGGAGCCUGGUGGCAGCUGCCCUCGAGGUGCUUGUUCCUUUGGAGGAUGGGCCCCCUCCUGAAGUGACCUCGCCCCCUCCCCAGGCCUCAGCUGGGCCCAAGGCAUGGUUCCAGACCUCACACUUGGAGACACAUGCUCCUCUGUUUGCUCAGGAGCCCUCUUCAGAUCCAGGGGGCUCUCCAAGGAGCCCCCCUGGGGCACCUUCAGGGACCGAGGAAGAGGAAGGAGCGAACACAGACGGGCUGGAUACAAGUCCCCCAGAGCAGACUGGAGAGCCCCCCAGCCCGGAGCCUAGGGAGGAGUCACAGCUUGGCCCGGGGGUCCACUUCCCCUGGGGUCUCCGGGGGGUCCCAGCUGGGGAGUCAGGGAGCCUGGUGGCAGCUGCCCUCGAGGUGCUUGUUCCUUUGGAGGAUGGGCCCCCUCCUGAAGUGACCUCGCCCCCUCCCCAGGCCUCAGCUGGGCCCAAGGCAUGGUUCCAGACCUCACACUUGGAGACACAUGUUCCUCUGUUUGCUCAGGAGCCCUCUUCAGAUCCAGGGGGCUCUCCAAGGAGCCCCCCUGGGGCACCUUCAGGGACCGAGGAAGAGGAAGCAGAGAACCCAGAUGGGCCAGACACGAGCCCCCCAGAGCAGACUGGACAGCCCCCCAGCCCAGAACCUAGGGAGGAGUCAGGGCUUGGCCCGGGGGUCCACAUUCCCUGGGGUCUCCCGGGGGUCCCAGCUGGGGAGUCAGGGAGCCUGGUGGCAGCUGCCCUCGAGGUGCUUGCUCCUUUGGAGGAUGGGGCCCCUCCUGAAGUGACCUCGCCCCCUCCCCAGGCCUCAGCUGGGCCCAAGGCAUGGUUCCAGACCUCACACUUGGAGACACAUGUUCCUCUGUUUGCUCAGGAGCCCUCUUCAGAUCCAGGGGGCUCUCCAAGGAGUCCCCCUGCACCUUCAGGGACCGAGGAAGAGGAAGGAGCGAACACAGACGGGCUGGAUACAAGUCCCCCAGAGCAGACUGGAGAGCCCCCCAGCCCGGAACCUAGGGAGGAGUCAGGGCUUGGCCCGGGGGUCCACAUCCCCUGGGGUCUCCCGGGGGUCCCAGCUGGGGAGUCAGGGAGCCUGGUGGCAGCUGCCGUCGAGGUGCUUGUUCCUUUGGAGGAUGUGCCCCCUCCUGAAGUGACCUCGCCCCCUCCCCAGGCUUCAGCUGGGCCCAAGGCAUGGUUCCAGACCUCAUACUUGGAACCACAUGUUCCUCUGUUUGCUCAGGAGCCCUCUUCAGAUCCAGGGGGCUCUCCAAGGAGCCCCCCUAGGGCAUCUUCAGGGACUGAGGAAGAGGAAGGAGCGAACACAGACGGGCUGGAUACAAGUCCCCCAGAGCAGACGGGAGAGCCCCCCAGCCUGGAGCCUAGGGAGGAGUCACAGCUUGGCCCGGGGGUCCACAUCCCCUGGGGUCUCCCGGGGGUCCCAGCUGGGGAGUCAGGGAGCCUGGUGGCAGCUGCCCUCGAGGUGCUUGUUCCUUUGGAGGAUGGGGCCCCUCCUCAAGUGACUUCGCCCCCUCCCCAGGCCUCAGCUGGGCCCAGCGCACAGUUCCAGACCUCACACCCAGAUGACGAGGGCCCUGACCCUGGGCCGAUCCCACCCAAGCCGCCCCGGCAGAGAGAGGCCCUCCUUUGGGACCCCCAUUCUGCUGGCUCUGAGCCAAGGCCGGGGUCUUCAGGAGCCGGAGCCCUCCCGGUGGGGCUGGGUGAGCCCUCCCACGGCCUGGUGCCUGGGGGUCCGGCUCCCAUGGAUGGAUGGGAGCAGGGCAAGCGGAGCCCAGACGCACAAGAGGGCCAUUCAGGGGAGCUGCAGGAGGCUCAUGGCCGGGUCCCUGGGCUGCCCGCUUUCCACCCCUGGAGCCUGGAAGAGGAGCCCGGGGCUGAGGAGAGGAAAGCAGGGGACCGGGGAGACCAGCAGUUCAGGUCAGAGCUGACCAUUGAGGUUUGCGGCCUGAAACCCGAGCACUCGGAACUCCCCCAGCUUGAUUCCCAACCCACGCCUGGCCCACCUGACAGAAUGCAGGCUGAGGCUGAAGCAGAAGCCCCGGCUCCCAGGAAACCAUCCAGGGGCUUUGCCCGCAUGGGGCCUCAGCCUGGGGAUGGAGCAGGGCCCCCAGAGCCCACACAAACCCUUCCCACCAGGGCUGAGCUGGAAGCCCAACCCAGGCCCCGGCCUACAACUACCCAUGCAGAAGGAGAACAAGCCCCCUCUAAGUCCAGGGAGCCAAGGGCAGAGAACAGGCCUGAAGAUCCAAGAACGGACUCUGGAGGCCCGGGGUUGACCCCGUCCCCUGGGGACCACGCGGCCAGUGAACCUUUGGCCAACCCUGAUUAUGCCUUCCACGUCAUCUUCCUGGGAGACGCGAAUGUGGGCAAAACCUCCUUCCUGCACCUGUUGCACCAGAACAGCUUUGCCACUGGGCUGACAGCAACUGUGGGAGUGGAUUUUCGAGUCAAAAACCUGCUGGUGGACAACAAACGCUUUGCACUGCAGCUCUGGGACACAGCUGGCCAGGAGAGGUACCACAGCGUGACUCGGCAGCUGCUGCGCAAGGCGGACGGCGUGGUGCUCAUGUACGACAUCACCUCCCAGGAGAGCUUCGUCCACGUGCGCUACUGGCUGGACUGUCUCCAGGAUGCAGAGUCUGACAAUGUGGUCAUCCUUCUCUUGGGAAACAAGACGGACUGUGAAGAGGAUCGGCAAGUGUCCACUGAGGCCGGGCAGCAACUGGCCCAGGAGCUGGGGGUCUCCUUUGGAGAGUGCAGCGCUGCGCUGGGUCACAACAUCCUGGAGCCCGUGGUGCACCUGGCCCGGUCUCUCAAGAUGCAAGAGGAGCGCCUGAAGGGCUCGCUGGUGGAGGUGGCCCCCGAAAAGCCUCCAAAGAGAGCUGGCUGCUGCUCCUGAGGCCCUGGCCUGGCUGGGGUCGGCUGGUCACCUCCCUGGGUUUCCUGUGCCUUGGCUCCUGUCCCACCUGCCUGGACACAGCAAUGACAGAGACGACUAGCUCAGAAGUUCUGGAAAACCCUCCUCGGGUCAGGGACUCAGACCCCAGAGCAGAGGCUACACUAACGCUGGCCUUUGCACCCAGAAAGGGACUUUUCUGAGUAAUAAGGUUGGUGGGGAUGGGGAGGGCCAGUCAAAACUCUUUAAAGAAAGGAAAAGCCCAGAAAAAUGACUUAAGGAAAAUACACCACAGUAUUGGCAAAACAUCUCUGGGUGAUAAAAUUAUAGGGUAAAGGUGUGGGGGUGUUUUCCUUUUUACAUGUAUUUGUAUUGUCAGGUCUUCUACGAUGACUGGGUAUUCCUUCUGUAGUCAGAAAUAAGAAUAAAUCUUGAGGGGUGGGAGGGAAACUUUUCAAAGAGCUUGCUUCAGUGCUGAUUCCUAAUUGAAAUGGCCUGUUGAUUGCAAAGUCCUCUGUUUAUUAAAGCAUUCCCACUGUUCCACGCCUGGCAAA